GUCCCGGCGGCUACGACCCGCACAACGCACUUCUGGCGCCCAAGCUCGAGCCGUCGGCCAGCCCUCGCCGGUUCAACUUCUCGCCCUCGUUCUCGCCGACCGACUAUCCCGAACAGCUCGGCCUGUACAACCCGUGCGACCCCGGCUACUCGGCGUCGACGUCGGGUCCGUCGAGCUUCGAGUCGGGCGGGCACGACAACCGCGAGCGGCAGGCGGGCCCGAGCGGUCAGAACACGUCGUCGCAGCCCCAGCAGCCCCAGCAGCCCCAGCAGCACGGCCCGCCGCCCAUGAGCAUACGUGCUCGCAAGCAUGGGGCCGGCAAGGCGAGGCCGAGGGGCGGCAAGGUCGAGCGCGCGCGGCGCGAGAACGCCCUCGCGCGCUCGCAGCAGCAGCAGCAGCAGCAGCAGCAGCAGCAGCAGCAGUAGCGCAACCAGCACGAGGACCACUUUGCGCCUCGCCAGCAGCAGCGCAUGGUGCCCCUCGACGACCUCCUCGCCGAGCGCAAGGGUCGCCUCAGCGCCGAGCGGUGGGCGGGCGAGGCGGACGAGGCGCGCGACGAGGCGCUCAGGGCGCGCGACGAGGCGGUCAAGGCGCGCGAGAAGGCUGAGGAGGAGCUGAGCGAGCUGCAGGACGACCACGGCCGGCUCGUCAGGCUCGUGAGCGCGGUGUGGGGCGCGAGGGAGGGCCAGGCCCUCCCUCGGCCCUCGUCGCUCUCCGAACGAGUCAUAGCCUUCUCGCUUCUCGCCGUCUACCAGGCCGCCGUCCCUCCCGCACGCACCGCCCUUGCGACGCCCUCGUCGCCGCGCCGCCGAGCCAAACUCACUCGCCCUCCUCGCCAUCGCCCCAUGUCGCACGAGUACUCGCCCGCCCUCCGCACCAUCGCUCUCACCCACCCAACGCCCGCCGAGCGCUACUGGCAAGCCUGCGCCCUCGUCGCCGAGCAGCACACGGCGCAGUGGCACGCGGCGUACACCUCGGCCGCCGACCGCGCUCAAGUCGCCGAGCGGGCACACGCCCGAGAGCGGGAACGCACGCGCGACGCGAUCAAGUACGUCGAGACGGGCACCGCGAUCGGGCAGAAGAUGAAGGAGGCGCAGCGGCGCAAGGAGGAGAGGACGUACUCGACGAAGCAAGUCGGUCGGCGCUAA